GGGAAGUGCGAAAUUCGUCGGGGAUUUGGUUUUCUUAAAUUAUUAUUUCUUUUAGAAAUAAAGAUAGAUAUUUAGGUUAAGAUAUUGAAAUAUAAAUGUUUAGGUAUUAUAUUCUUGAGCAGUAACUCUAUUUUCCUUUUAUAUCAUCAGUUAUUGGAUUAUAUCAUGUGCAGAUAGCAGUGACUUUGGAAUCAAUAAUCUAAUAGCAAGUGAGCGUUCUGUUUAUUGGAUUUAAUAUUGAACAAACGUGUUACAAUGAAGUGAUUUUUUAUUUACCGAAUAACAGUGCAAUAUUAAUUAUGCUUUUCACACCAAUAUACAUCGCUAUGACUUUUAUAAAAACCUGGCGUAUUCGCUCCUUUAGAGCACGACUUUUGGAGUUUCUUAGUGGUAAUACGAGUGUCGCGUUUUGUAAGGUUCCUGAAAAUGCUGCAGAAACACCAACACUCAGUUCCAAGUUAUGUACAAACCCAAAGAAUGCAUACUUAUGUGACCUAUUGGACUACACCAAUGCUUCUAGGAUAUGUAGUAUGAAGCCCACGCAAUGUAUAGAAGUGAAUGACUGGGUGUCGUGUGCUGGCGGGCUGCCUUUGGGCUUUGGGGAGUCUUUGUGUGAAGCAGAUCUCAAUGUUGAAGUAUUGUUUGAGUGUGAGAUGGAACCCCACGAAGAGAGCUCCUAUCAUGACAUUGUUACGCUUGAAUCUAUGGGACAGCCGAUAGCUUGGAAGGCGGGAUCUCAUCUGGCAAUAGUUUUGAAGACAAACAUUGAAAACCUAAGUGUAGUUGGCUUUCAUUUUGUUGGUGGAGAGUUUAUUAUUGAUCACAAGUUGCCAGUUGUUAGAAUUCAGACUGUUCAAAUAUCUGGAGAACCAAACAAGGCAACAGAUCUUUCAAUGAGAGGGCUUCGUAGUGAAAUACAGCACAGCUUAAAGCAGUCCCAUGAAGGAUUUCAGUGGCCAAUUCACGCUGCUCUUCUAAGAAAGUUAUCAAAAGUAGUAGACAUUAAAUCAGAUAGAAGAAAUGGCGUAGAAAUGAACGGUGGGAGUGACCAAGUGCUCGAAACAACAUCUGUAGGUAGGAGAAAUGUUACACUCACUGACGUCAGUACGAUCACAACCAAAUCUCUCUCGGCUGAUGAAGAUGAACCAGAAGUGUCUAAACCGGUUGAAGUUGAGGUGAUACUACCAAAAGAAUCACCAGUGAAGUCACCAUUGAGAGUAACAGAAACAAUCACUGAAAGCAUAAUACACAGAUCGCCAGAAAAGAAAACUAGGAAGUCACCUGAAAAAUUCCUCAACAAAUCACCUGAAAGGAAACUCGUAGUUCCUGAGGGUGGUGAAUUGGUUGUUGAAAAUGUGACUGUUGAAAUACAACAUAACAUCACACCCAAGAAGUCUAGCCUUAAGUUAGAUUUGAAAAAGGGGACAAGUCAGCUCUCGUCUUCCUUGCUCAACAUAUCAAGUCAAAUCAAAUCGAUUACCACUCACAAAAGAGUCGUCAGUACGACGGCUCCAAAGAGGCCGCAAAGCCAAAUGGAGAUGACAACUCAAGUAAAAGAGGAAACGCCGAAAAGUUCGCCUUCUCAAAUGACGCCAAAGUCCACAAAAAGUUCCCGUCCAUUAGUGAAUACUAAAUCACCAAAUGUAUUAAUCUAUUCAGAUAGUAUAGUGGCUAGAGAUAAUUUAGAAGCAUCUUUGAAAAAAGUAUUAGACUGCGAUAGGUACACAGUUUACAGUGUGACUCGCGAAGCGCUUUGCGCAGGCGCCUGGCGGGGCAGGGCUGCGCUGGUGGCCGUGGCAGGCUGCGCUGGCAGGGCGGCGCCAUUGCUGCUGGCACAUCUGUUGGAUGGGGGACGCCUGCUGGCACUCUGCUCUGACCUCCUUCACACUGUGUUGCCGCAUUAUAAGACUGCUGAGAUAAGGGAAAACGAAGUGGUGCAAUUCUCCUACGACAAAUGGAAGUCAGUGAAGAUGAAGCAUCACAUCUUCUGCUACCAAGCAUCGCCUGCCAAGAAACAGUUUUCAACUGAAAGCGACAGACAAGCCAGUCAGGACGCUAAUAUGUGUUGGCCAUCAAAAUACACUGGUCAUCCGGGCCAUGAGCUGGACAUCCAAGUGCUGGCGUCGGAGGAGACGUGGCGCACGCCGUCGCUACUGCAGGCCACGGACCUCACCAAUAAUGGCGUCGCUAUAUUUUCACAAAUCCACCUAGAAGCGGACCCUUGCGACUACCUACGCGAAGAAGGCGUAAGAAGCAACGAAGCCAGAUUAGAGAUCCUGCACAAAAUCCUAGGAGACAUCCUCGGUCUACACGUGAAGGAUACUAAGGAGCUGACCCAAUUAGAGUACACCAGGGGAUAUUUCCUCGGCAACCACGUGCAAAAGAUGUCGCUAGUGGAGGGUUGGUGCAAGGCUGUGGAGGGGAAACGCGUGCAAAAGCUGCCCAGCCUCAACAUACAGUGGUGCGCCAGAAACGAGCCUGCUGUAGACCCUCCCUCAGAGUCCUUCCUCCCCGUCUACAUGUAUGAGUGUCCGGAACAUUUCUCCACUGUUGAAUACUUUGAUAACCUAACCUCAACCCACCUGGGCCGGGUGGUAAUAUACGCGGACGUGGUGUCCAGCACUGUGGCGGUGACCAGCGGUGCGCUGGCGCACGGGGUGGGGGCGGUGGCGCGGCGGCAAGCGGCGGCGCGUGGCCGGGGGGGCAACCAUUGGAUCACCCCCCCGGGGCAGGCUGCCAUGUCCUUGCAGGUGUGGCGGAAGAUAUCGCCGACGCUGCCGCUGGCGCAACAUGCGGCCGCGCUGGCGGCGGUGCGCGCCGUGCGCUCCGACCCGGCCUACGACCAGCUUGACAUCAGAAUAAAAUGGCCGAACGACAUAUACUUUGGGCGCGACACUAAAAUCGGCGGCACCAUCACCACGGCGAACUGUCUCGGCGAUGACGUCAUUGUCGAUAUCGGCACAGGAGUUAACAUUUCGAACAGUGUCCCAACGACAUGCAUCAACGAUAUAAUAGCAGACCACAACAAGAAGCACGGCACAUCACUAGCAGCUAUAUCGAUAGAGAAGUUCCUGGCGCGAUACUGCUCGCAAUUAGAGAGGAUCUUGGAGUACAUGGAGAGUGACGGCGGUGUCGAUGCUUUCCUUGAACAGUACUACCAGUAUUGGCUACACAGUGAUGAGGAGAUUCGCGUCCAAAGCAGUGACGGCGGCAGUCCAGUGCUGGGCACCAUCAGCGGGCUCGACCCCGCUGGCUGGCUGCUCGUGCGCACGGAGAGCGGAGACAUACGCGUGGCGCCAGAUGGGAACACCUUCGACAUCAUGAGCGGACUCAUAGCGCCCAAACUGUAGUGCCCAGGUGACAGUCAGGGCCCACCUUCCCACUGGGCACUAUAGGCUAGUGCCUCAAGCCUACGGUUCCUGCCAGAUUGGACGCCAGAUCACUUAUAACCUUAGAUCAAUUACCUUUGGACUUGUAUCGUACUUAAUUUCACUAACAAAAUUGUCCGUCGUUUUUUUGACGGGCCGAGGUAAACUCACACAUCGAAAAUAUUUAACACCAAUAAAUAUAUCCUGUAUCGGGUACAUACACAAAUAUAUAUAUUUAAAUCGUAAUACACACACGUGUAAUUUUAACACAAUGAAACAUCGAUUCUAUAGUCGUAGUUUGAAUAAACAUGUUGGAUCGUGAUCAUAUACUUUUGACAGAUGGCUAAUUAGCGAGGCAGGUCCUGUGGUAAUUGGUCUGGUCUUAUAACCGAAAUCAAAUUAUAGAGUACACUAAAAACUCUUUACAUAUACUCAGAGGCACAUUUAUAGUUCAUGCUGAGACUAUUCGGAAGUUGCACUAUAUCGAACUGCGCAGGUAUGCCCAGCACAAUAUAUUUUCGAUAUCAAAAUAUCGCUAUAUAUUCGAUAUCAAAAUAUCGCUAUAUUUUCGAUAUCAAAAUAUCGCUAUAUACUCGAUAUCAAAAUAUCGCUAUAUUUUCGAUAACGCUUAUUGGAAAGUUAUUGCAGGAUAUGAGAGUAUCAACAUCUUAUUUCUUAACAUAAUAUCAUACAUUUGACGGAAAAUAAUGUAAAAUAUACGCACCAAUUGUAAAGGAAGUGGCGAAAACUAUAUCAAUAAGGUAUACGAAUGUUUGCCUUUUCGGGAUCUAUCUCAUGACGUCAUUUAUGUGGAUGAAGCACUUGAUUGUAAGCUACUAUACUUUUGGUCAUUAGAAAUAUGAUCAAAAAACCAGUAAUUUUUCAAAUCUACCAGUAUUACCUACAUUUAUUUUAAAUUAUUAACAUGGUUAACAUUUUUUAUGAAAAAAUUAAGAGUUGGAAUAAGCCGUCCUAUGAAAAUUUACUUAGAAGAAUAUGCGAGUAAUGUCUUAAAUCUGAUGUCAUCAUAUCUUACUCAGCGUUAGCUAUAAUAUAUCGACGAUGGUGUUAGGCCAUGUAUUCAUUAGAAUAUAUUUUGUAUAAAUAACAACAUUCCAAAUACAUAUUGUCGACCAAUAGCGGCCGAACCGGAAAUAUUGCUUUCUCUAUAGUUUCAACGCAACGAAAUAGAGAGCGAUACAUUUUGGCCGCUAUUGGUCGUCUGUAUCUUUUUCUCUUCAUGAAUAUAUCGUGGCGCGAAUUUUAGGCCUUCAAAUGUAAAGUAAUUUAAAUGAGUGUAUCAAAUUCAAAUAUUUAAUACCUAUAUCUGAAAUAUUUAAAUUAAACUACAUUAAACUAUACACGAUACGUUGUUUGGUAAUGGUUAUAACAAUUAAGAAUCUAACAAUCCUAUAAAAUAAAUUCACGAUCGAGACACUAUACUAAAGCCAUAGUGGAAGAGUACUGUUUACCAACAAAAAAUUAAAAAUGAGGGUAUAAAUCGCUACUCAUUUCACACCUGAUAAUAAUUAUAAUUAACUUGUUCUUAAAAUAAUGAAAAUUAAUUUGAUUUAUAAGCUUAAAACAAUUAGAUAUAGUUAAUAUAUUUUGAAAAAUAUUUUAUAAAAUAACAAUACAUAAUUUAAAAUUAAAAAGUUAUGAAAUAACAUGCGAUUUCUACCCUCAUUUCUAAUUUGUUUGUCAGUAAACAGUCCUCCUCGAGUAUGGCUUUAGUAUAAGUGAUAGUAAUCUCGAAAGGUUCUAGAGACUCAUGGAAAAGAUCCUAAUUUAUGAAAGUAGAUCGUUAGAGUAGUGUCGUAGUUUAUAGCGACUGUUUACACUAGCAGAUCAUAUCAUGUAGAACAGCCGUGACACUGCCAGCGCUCUAAGAGGCCGUUCGGACUACUUUGGUAUUUUAGUCGAGUACGAACAAUUUUUGGGUUUACCGCCCAAAAAUCGUUCGCACUCGACUAAAAUACUAAAGUAGUCCGAACUAGGCCUUAGUGUAAUGUAUAUAAUAUAUAAUAUAUGCUGUGUAAUUAUUACCAUUAUGUAUUAUGUACUGGGGACGAUGACUAGGUUUGAAUAUAUUGAUUUUUAUGAUACAUUCGAGUAAAUAAGGUCAAUUUUAACUAAUUUAUACGUAGAAAGCAAAGAUUGACUGGAUGUUUGCAAAAUAAAUAAGAUUAAAAAAUUUCAAAAUUUAUUUAAAAUCUUUUAUCGUAUUUAGAUGAAAAUUCAUACAGUUUUAGCUGCAUUACAUUAAAUGUGUAAUUUUUCAAUACAUGAAUUAUGAACAUAAACGCACAAAUAUCAAAAAUAUUUGUAAUUUUGUUUGAACGCCCAUACAAAUCUAACAAUCAAUAAGAUCAACGACGUCAUUAGUUCGUGCCAUUUUGUAUGGGGCGUUUUUCAGUGAUCCGUUGCAGUGCCGCAAAUAUGACCCUUUAAAUCCCUGUAGCUCCGAAAGUAAUGAUCGCAGAUAUCCUGUUAGGUUUACAAAAUUACUUUACUAUUAGCAUACUCCUAACUUAUAUACAAUUAAAAAAUCUGUCAUCAUCCCUAUUAUUACCCUAUGUAGGUAAUUAUUAUUUUCCGAUGUAAAUAUCUAUAAAUUACGUAAUUAUUACUAUUACUGUAUAUCACGUAUCAUACGAAUACAUCGGUGUUGUGAAUAAUCUCCUUUUGGCACUAAUAUUGAAAUAUUGAAUUAUUUGGGAUUAAUAAAACAUGUGUGGAAGAUAUUCACACUCUUCAAAAAUUUACACAUUGUUUACGUAACGAUCAACAAGACACUGCGUAUUUUUAAACGAAUUGAAAAAAAGAAGUAGGUUCUUAAUUCGACGCGUGUGUCUUUUUUUAAGUUUUUUUUUUUUAUUUUGAUAAUUUUUUUUUUGUUUCAAAAAGUAUACUACCGGAUUGGCCCCAUUUUAUUUUCAUAAAAAUUUAAUUUUAAACCAGUAAUUUUAUGUUAAAAUAAAAAUAACUGAAAAACGACUUUGACGUCGGUUCCAUUUUUUUGUUACAAAGAUUACUUAUUAUUAUUAGUAUUAUAACUUUAUUUCCACUUAACAGUUUUACAAUACAUAAAAUGUUACAAUAAAUUUUAAAGUAAUUCUGUAAUUUUGUUAUGUGGCCCCCUAUGGGUACAAGCCUCCUCCAUCUUUUUCCAUUUUUCACAAAGAUUACUAAAGGCUCCGAAAAUCCGAAAAUUCAGAAUGAAAACAACUUCAGUUUUCUGCGAAUAGUGGCAGCAAUGACAUUAAAAAUAUUAAUUAAUUCCACUAUUUACAACCAAUAAAGACCAGUUAUUUAUUUCCAUUAAUUUUCUAUUUAAAUAGUAAUUAGGCGAGACUUUAAUCUUGGGAUCGCAAUUCUCAAGUUAUAUACGGUUGUAUAUACCAAAAAUAAAAUAAAAUUAUAUUUAUUGAAGUUUUGGUGUUGUGAAAAUGGAAUUGCUUAACUUUAAUUUAAUUUAGAUUGUGCGAAAGGGGAUUUAUAGUGUUUUACUUAAUUUAAGUCAAUUAGUGUCAUGGUCUUGAAAAAAAAAUGAGAAUGUAUUUAGCGUGCAUAAACUGUAUGCCUAGGUUAAUAUAUCUCUUGAGGAAAAAAAAAACAUUGUCGAUCACUAGCGACGGAGUUUAUUUAACGCUCUCUCUUUCAUACCAACGAUUGUUUCGAUUAUGUCGCUAUUGGUCGACAUGUCUUUCUCUCGUCUCAUGGGAUAUGUCGUGGUGCGCAUCUUGGGCUUACUGUAGGCCUAGCCUGCGACUAACCACAUCUCAUGAAGAGAAAUAGACUAAAUUUCGACAAAUGUCGGCGGAGUAGUUCCAGUCUCGUGUCGUUUGUCAAUGUAAGAGAUAGUGGUAUUUCCGGUUACGCCGCUAUUGGUCGUCAUUUGUCUGUUUCUCUACAAGAGAUACGUCGUUUGCUCGGCAUACUGGCAUAGAUAGUUUGGACCUAUGUUUGCAAUUAGUAUAAACGCUCCUAUAUACAAUGUAAACUCCACUUUAUGAUGUUUUUUAUAGUUCAAUUUAACAGUGCGGUUGUAAAUUUAAUAUAGAACUGGGGAGGGUUAAAAAUAUUAAUAACAUAUAGAAUGACUAUUUUGUACAGUGUGCAAUCUACCUCAGUUACUCUGCUUCCAAAUUAUAUCCUAGUUGCCGUUGAAUUUUAGAAAUUUAUCCUCCCUUAUAUCACGUGGUUGAAAUGUUAAAUGCUUACGUUAAGGUGAUCGCACAUUACGCACUCGCCGAAUUAAUAGCAUUUAAAACACUGUAACGGCAUUUUUAUAAAGAUGGAUUAAGAUUUGAACAGCAAUUGUAUUCAAAAUAAAGUAGACCUAAUCACUAUUAUUUAAAGUUCACUUUACUUUGAAGAUAUUUGAGAUUUAAAUCUUAAAAUAUGUUUAUGGUGUGUUUUAUAUGUAUGCACACACAACGCAUGAUACCUACAGGUAAUGUUGUUUUACAUUACAUAACUUUGUUUUAUAUUAUUUAAUCUCACUAAACUCGAAAAGGUUUUCUUAAUAUCUCGAAAUUGGCGUCUAAAAAUCUACUUUAUUCUCCAGCAAAUGUGUUUGCAAUACAGUAUUUUGGCUGUUCUAGUUCCAAAAAAAGAGUCUUCUUGUCUGUAAAGUUACUUGCAUCUCGUGCUAUUAAUCGCUACACUUGGUUUUGAAUCUUAGAAUCCUUUGCGUAUUCUCAGAAAAUAAUUAUGCAGACUAGCUUAGUUAUGGUUAAUACACUCGGUUUAGAAUCUUAAAAUCCUUCGCUUGUUCUCAGAAAAUAAUUAUGCAGACUAGUUUGUACUGUGAGUGUCAUUAAAAUAUAUUAAAACAAUGUUAAAAAUGUAUGUAAAAUUUUUUAAAGUGUUUCUAAACUAACAUUAAGUAAAUUCAUACAGAUAAAACCAAAAUUCGUUCUAAUCGACGCCAUUUACAAUGCGCACUUACGUUAAUGUGCGAUCACAUUAAAAGUAUAUAUAAAAAGGCAGAAAUAAAAAAUACAAAUGUUUUUCUAAGUAUAUAGUAGAUAAA